AGGGGAAGAGGCAGGCAGGGGUAAUAUUUGUCAUCGGAGUUCUGUCAGUGGAUCGAGCUUGGUGACUCUCGAAGAAUAGAAUAUAAAAACGUUCCAUAAUGGGCGAUGGAAAGCAGGGCGAACGCCAGCCCUUGUUAAAAAACGACAAUAUUUCCUACACCAGUGUUUCGACGGACAUAACAGCUGCUGCUGAAUCCACAGUCAAUACAGUAUCUCCGAUCGGUCCAGAUGAAUUACCGCCGCCCUACCAGUCCACUCAGCAGGGUGGCAUCCCUAUGGUCACAUGCAGAGUUUGCCAAGCUAUGAUAGACAUAUCCGGCAAGCGGGAUCAGCAUGUUGUUAAAUGCUGCCAGUGUAACGAAGCUACACCGAUAAGAAAUGCUCCGCCAGGAAAGAAGUAUGUCCGUUGUCCUUGCAACUGCUUGCUUAUCUGCAAGAGUUCUUCACAGCGAAUUGCUUGUCCGAGACCAAAUUGUAAGCGCAUAAUAAAUUUAGCGCCUUCACCGGUAACUCCACCUGUUCUCUCUAUGCCUGGAAUGUGCAGAGUUGGAUGUGGGCAUUGCCAUGACACAUUUCUGUUUAACACUCUAAAUAACGCUCUUGCUCGAUGCCCGCAUUGUCGCAAAGUAUCAUCCGUAGGACCGGACUUUGCACGAGGUCGUGGAAUUGUAUUUAUUUUAAUCGGAGUUAUGGCUCUAGUCGUGGGAAUUGCUGUUACAGUGCAUUCCUGGUGGCGCUUCUCUGUUUUGGAAGAAGCAUCUACUAUUGUACAAUGAAGAUUAGCCUGAUAGAAGGCCCUAUGUAGUACGAAAAUAUUCCUCAGAAGGGUCUUUGGAUUCGAUAUUCUUAUAAUAUUAAUGUCUGUAAUCAAUUUAGAUAAAAUAUAGAUCAUAAUAUUUCGACAUGCUCUCGGUAUAUACCUAAUGUAUACAGUAUAAACUAUAAAUAUCUAUUGUUCUUGAAUCUAAGUAAAUGAUUAAUUAUUUCAACUUACACAUGUUAUGCAUAAACAAUAUUAUCUUCAAGAUAAAAUUAAUUUUAUGUGUAGGAGAAAAAUGAAAUAAAAUCAAUAAAUAAAUACAAUUGGAGAAAAUGAGCAUGUGAAAUAGCGAAAAGUAAACAAGCAUUUUGUAAAAUAAACACACAUACAUAAUUCUAUAUUAAACUGUGUGAACACACCAAGAUCUGUUACGUUGUUUACUUUUCCAUGAUUUAUUAAUUCGCCAU